AAGUGUGGAGCAGAAGAGCAGGGCAAGUCCUGCCAUGGCACCUUGUUCUUUUUCAUUCCUCCUUUCUCCCGGGGGGAGCUCUUCCUUCCCGACUGUGACUUUGGGGCCAUCUCAGCCAGCCCGUUCUUUCUGCCCUCCUCAUAUUAGCUUCCGUGCGUCUGACUCCCUUUCCACUAAGUGCGCCUUCAUUUCUGCCUCGCAGCUUGCUGCAGAUGGUCCUGGUUUUCUUUUCAGUUUCUGAUUAUCCUCUGGGGAUUGUAAAGUUCUUCAGGAGGCUGGCCUUCUCCUCCCUUGGAACACCAUAACCAGGUGACAAAACUGAGCCUUGGCAGAGCCCGCAUGGCUGUUUGCAGGCCGAGUCAGGAAUCUGAGCUGGUUCCAUCCUUCCGAUACAGAUCAGCGUGAAGAUUUUUACUGGAGUGUGUCACUGAACGAUGCCAUUUGAACACGGCUUCCGCUGAUAAGCGUGGGACCAUCUGCUUGACACAUCUCAAAUAUUUUCAGCAGUGGGAGAGCAGCACUGAUUUGUUCAGAGAAGGGAGGCUGCAGCCAUCCUUGGAGAAGACGUUGGGACCAGAGACGCUACAGGCUGGUGGGGCAGCGGUGCCCCAGGAUGCGAAGGGACAGCCUCCCUGCUACCACCUCUGCCCCUCCUGAGCGAAUGGAGCUAAAAAUUACCUGAAGAGCCGUAGCCUGAGGCCUCCUCAUGGAUGAGUCAAACGUGACAUCCUUUGUUGUUGAGGAGUCCACGGACUCCUCAGCCAGCAGGAACACCUCCUCUGGGGAUCCACAUCAGAAGAUUCCAGUCUUGUACUGGGUUCUUAUGAGCAUCUCCCCACUGGGGUUUGUUGAAAAUGGAAUUCUCCUCUGGUUCCUCUGCUUCCGGAUGAGAAGAAAUCCCUUCACAGUCUACAUCACCCACUUGUCCAUCGCGGACAUCUCGUUGCUUUUUUGUAUUUUUGCUCUGACUGUCAACUAUGUUUCAGAUGAUGAGCUCUCUUCUGGCCAUUACUACACAACUGUCACAUUAUUGGUGACGUUUCUGUUUGGCUACAAUAUGGGCCUCUAUCUGCUGACAGCCAUUAGUGUGGAGAGGUGCCUGUCUGUGCUGUACCCCAUCUGGUACCGAUGUCAUCGCCCCAAGCACCAGUCGGCAUUCGUGUGCACCCUCCUGUGGGCACUCUCUUGCUUAGUGACCACCAUGGAAUAUGUCAUGUGCAUUGACAGUGAAGGGCAGAGUCCCUCGCAAAGUGACUGCAAGGCGGUGACCAUCUUCAUAGCCAUUCUGAACUUCCUGCUCUUCACUCCGCUCAUGGUGGUGUCCAGCACCGUCCUGGUGGUUAAGAUCCGAAAGAACACGUGGACGUCCCAUUCCUCGAAGCUGUACAUCGUCAUCACGGUCACCAUUGUCAUUUUCCUCAUUUUCAUCAUGCCCAUGAGACUCUUCUACCUGCUGUACCAUGAGAAUUGGUCAACGUUUGGGAACCUGCACCACAUUUCUCUCCUCUUCUCCACGAUCAAUAGCAGUGCCAACCCUUUUAUUUACUUCUUUGUGGGCAGCAGUCGGAAGAAGCGGUUCAAGGAGUCCUUAAAGGUGGUUCUCACGAGGGCUUUCAAAGAUGAAAUGCAGCCCAGACACCAGGAAAGCAAUGGCAAUCCCACUGCCAUCGAGACGGUCGUCUGAGGAUGGUGGGGGGACGGUUGGCAGAAAUGGUGGGACACAGGUCAUUUGUAGCUUGUGCUCAAAAGACAACUUACCUGUCUCCUAAGUAAUAUAGAAGGAGCCCCCAUCCUCUAUGCAUGAGAUGCUAAUUAGCCACGAGCCUGUCCUCCUGUCCUCUAUCUUUUGGAAAUGCCUAAAUAUGUGUCAUGCUGUUGUCACAUCUGUACCUAUCAAAAAAACACUUUCUCUUCCUCCUCAGCCCUUCCAGCGGCAUUUUCCCAUGAACUAUAAAAAUUAUCCUAGCAGGAAAGGCCGCAGAUGUGUACAGGAAGAGGUAACAAAAAUAUCUGUUGGAACUUGAGGAGGUGGAGACACGUAGCGGGAAGAAGAUGGGUGUUGCAGUCAGGUUGGUUUUGGCAUUUGCUGGUUGUGUGACCUCAGGCAAGUGGGUUAACCUCUCAGAACCGCGUUCCUUCACUUAUAAAAUGUUUGACAGUGAUAGUCCAUACCUCCUGGGCUUGUGGUGAGGAUGAAAUGGGCUGAUAAGGUGUGCCAAGCACUUGGCACAUUGGAAUGUGCAACAGAUGUCAGUCUCUCCUCCCUCCUUUAAGUGGAAGAAGAAAUACGUAUUUCUGUGCUGUAAAGCACGCACACAGCUCUGUCAUACAAAUAUCGUUACGUGUUUUUAAAUGUUGAACAUAAAUUUACAAAGGUCUUCUUUCUGCUUACAGUAUGAAAGCUUUUCGUGGUACAGCACCGCUCUUGAAAACGUCUGCAGAUGUUACCGUAUCCAACCAGCUCUGUGUUAGAGCAUCGUUUCAGGUUGUGAAGACAGACAUUUGGCCACCAGUAGAGGGGUUUCUCAUGACUUCCCUUCCCUCUGUGGGAAUGCUUGAUGCAGGCGAAGUCUGUUUUGACAUCCUUUGCUUGACAUAAAUCUUCAUGAAUGGAACUCAAUGCACGAGUUCCCGAGGGUGAGUGUGCCUUUGGAGGCCCUCUCCCCAUGAAGCAGUGGGUUAUUUAUUUAUAACCACAGAGUUCUCACCUAUAGGCAGGCACGGGUUUCUGCACCUCUGGGCCUUCCCGCCUUCUGAGCAUUUGUGGGUGUCACUCCUGGAAGGAGGCUCGGGGCAGGGGCUGCUGAGAGAGUGGCCACAUCUGGGUGGAAACUUGGCAGGGACUCCUCAGCAUCUCGGUGCUCUGCUGCUCACCUGCUGCAACUUGUGUCUGGGUCUUCAGACAGCACAUCUCAGGUUUGAGCCUGGACACCCGUCAUGGCCUCUAGACGGCAUUAGGUGUAGUUUCCUUCUGCCUCUUGCAGGCGCCCCACGAAAAUGGCAGUGCUUCAUGUGGCUCUGUGGGGAGUCAGGUGUUCACGCCGAUUAGUAUUGAUUUUAACUGUCUCAAAGGGUCAGAGAAGGUGUGACGAAAAGCUUCUCUGUUGCCGCCUGUUUCUUUUCCAUCCUCUCCUUUUCGAAAGACACUUGCCUGUAAGCCUGGGAGCAGCUUCGCUGCGGGAGAUGUGCCAGUCUCUCCUGCUUGGAUGCAGGCGGCUUUUCAGUGGGUGAUGACAUCUGAUUCAGAAAUGAGGCAGCUUGCUUUGAGGAGCCCCAGAUGGGUGUGGAGAGAUGACAUUCAGAACGAUCUUGUUUUUGAUUGAAAAUAGAGCAUCUUCACUGGGAAAGAAGAGAACCUGGAGGUCAGAGUGGCCCUCCUCUGUUUGCUGUCAUCUCCCAGAUGCUGCGCUGGUCUCUUGGUCAGUGAAAAUGGGAUCAACCUCCUCUUGUCUCAAAGGGAGGCUGGUCUCGAAGAGAAACUUUAAGACUCUUAGAAACAAGGAAUUUUCACCCAAGGAAAAUAUAGUGAACUAAUUGGAAGCUCCCAUUAAUUAAUUGCCUUUCUUCAGAUAAAGUGGCGGAAUUGAAUGCGUUAAUGAAUAUAAAAGUUCUUCUAAUGUUUUAAAGAGUCGUGACUUGCAAAGAGGUAGGAUUCAGGCUUUGGCAGUGUUAUAAGGACAAAUUCCUCUCUUUCUUCACCUAGAUUCAUCCCCCAAAGUAAAGCAUAAGGUAAAAAUGAAAACAAGAUCUAAGAACAUAUGCACAAAUGGAGCGUAAACUAAAUACCCACUGGGCAUUUAGAUAAUACGCCUAAGUUACCGUAGGUUAGGAGGUGCCAUUUCUGAGAAUUCCCUGGGUGUGGAGAGCAGGGUGUUUGGGCAUGAUGCCUCUCCUUGACAAAGAGGAAGGCUUUGUAACACUCAUGCUACACAUAUUCACGGAUGGCCUUCUCCACCAAACUCCAUGAAGUGAGCCAGGCCCAGAGGAGCAAGUGGGAGCCGCUGGGGUCUGGGGCAGAAGGAGCCACACACAAAUCAAUGCAGCUCCAAGCUGCACACAAAUCAAUGUCAGGAGAGCAUUGUAAACAAAAUUGUGUGGCAGUCAAGAGGAAGGUGAAAUCAUAUGUUCAGCAGUAAAAAAGGAAUGUUUCAUGGUGGUGCCCUUGGGUUGCUUGAAGGCAGGUAGGAUUUUAAAAGGCCAGAGGGAGGGGACUCCAGGCAGACGACAGGCAAGGAUUCGAGAGCUCGGGAGAAGUCCAGGCACUUCACUUCUGUGGAUUGGCUGGAGAAGAGACCCGUGGAGACCCUCGUGCUCCUGCUCACCACCCCCUCCUCUUGCUUUGUUGUUAUCUCUGUCCUCUGGCCCCACGUUCUUCAACUUCCUUCAAGUGUGGCUCCCAGGCCUUUUGUCCAUCAUCCAGCCUUGCCGUAGUGAUCGUUCUUAUCUCCACAAGUCCUGCCCUGGCCUCCGUCUCUGUGUCAACUCAAGUGGCCUCAGCUCCUCUCCUUUCUGAGCUACACUCUGAGCCUUGUUGCAUCUCAAACCAAUCUACUUCUGAAAACUAGAAUUCCUCACUUCCGUCUCACUGUGAUCUCCUGUCCUACACAUCACUCACUUUCUUACUUCCACUGCCCCUGGAUUUCUACACCACUGAGACCUCUUGUUUCUCACCAUUGAGUUCGCCACAUCUGUGAGUCCUUUCUGUGGCAUCUCUGUCCCUGUCAGUCAGACCCCUGUCGUCCCUGGUCCAGGCACUCUCCCCAUGCUCCUUGAGGCUCUUGCCCCCUUGCCCUCUCAUCCUGCCCUCCUGGUCUGCCUCUGCCACCAAACAGCCUUCUGUGCAGAGCAGAGAGCGCUCACGGCCAUCAGAUUAGGGCUCCUGCAGCCAUGCUUUUAACAGCUGGUCCCUCAUCAUGGCCCCACAAACCUGUUCUCCCUCCCCUGGGCAGCUCUUCCAAACUCCCUCUCUCUCCUCAAACUCUCUAUCUGGCACCUUUUCCCUCACUGUCCUUAUCUCCUCACUACCUUGCUUCAUAGAUCACUGAAGAAAAAAAAUAGCACCAAGGCUACAAGGCGACGACUGUCAGGUCCUCCCUACCAUCUAGGAGAACCCCAUUCAACACCAUUGCUUUCCUCCUCUUCUCCUGUCUGAAGACUUCUCUUCCCAAUUUUCCUGUCCACCGGCCUCCCAGUCAAUAAUCUUACUGCUGUAUUAGCAACCAAAGGGUGUGUGUGUUUAAAGUAAAACACCAGGUCCUCACAGUGGUCUACAAGGUUCUAGGUGACCUGGCCCCUGUGGAACUCUUGGCACCCCCGACGGCCUCCAGGGUUGGCAUGGCUCAC